AUGACACACCCCGUCAUCUUUAACGGCAGCCUCGGCCUAGGCCUUGUGCUCAUUUCACUCGGCACGAAUGCCACCCUGCGCCCCAACACUCAUCUAAGAAGUCUUGGUUUUCCUGUGCCUACCGAGCCCCAGGCUAAAACAUUCAGCCACGCACUAAUGCGCAUCUGGGGUGUGAGGAACAUAUCUGUCGGCCUCCUCGUCGCCCUUCUUUGGACUACUGGCGAUGAGAGGCUAAUGGGCAAGGGCUUGUGUGCAGCUCUGACCCUGCCUAUCACUGAUGGGUUUGUUAGUCGCUUGGUUAUUGGAGGCGGCGAGCUGCAACACUGGGUAUUUCCGCCUGUACUUCUCUUCAUGAUAUCUGGCUUAUUUGGAUGGUUUUAA